AUGGCUGGUUUGGAGGGUCUGACAAAAAUUGUUUAUGAUGGAUGUUCAAAAUCUACUAGACAUGAGUUAUGGUACGAAUUGCAAGAUAUUAGCAAUCAAUCUGACAAAGCCUUGAUGGUGGGAGGAAUACAAUUUACUAAAGUACUUGAGGUAGAGGAAAUCAAAGAAGCACUUGAUUCCAUAGAUAGCUCAAAAGUUGUAGGCCCUGAUGGUUUUACAACUGAUUUUUAUAAGAAAGCGUUAGAGACAAUCAAGGAGGAAGUGAUCAAGACAAUCCAAUAUUUUAUCCAGGGCAAUGAUCUUCCUGACCAUUUCAGUGCUGCCACUAUCAUUUUUCUUCCCAAAUCCUCAAUCAAAGACCAAUGGCAUCAAUUCGGAACCAUAAGCUUGACUAAUGUAAUCAAGAAAAUCAUCGAAAAGGUUUUCGUCAGGAGGCUACAACCUGUCUUGAAGAAAAUAAUAUGCCCUAACCAAACAACUUUUGUUAAGGGCACGACCAUUGGGGAUAAUGUUCUUCUUGGUAGCAGUGAUGAAGAAAACUACGCAAUUGCUGCUGAAGAGAUCUUUCCAAUAGAUUUUCUUAGAGUGGUGAAAGAAAGCAAAUGUUAUGGGCUAGUUGGCAAAAAGUGGCCAAACCUCUUUCAGCUGGAUGAUUGGGAUUUAAGGGGCUCAACCACCUGUAGUAUAUCAGCUUUUGCGAACAUUGGAUAA